AUGACAUCGUGCAGCUAUUAUGCGCACAAGGUGGAGGCUCCAGCCGAACCGUUCAUAGCCACAAUUGACCUAAAAAUUGACAAAGACGAUACUUGCGUUAUGUAUUCUGUGCUGGCGUAUGACGCAACCAGUGAAAUUCACGAAACUAUUGUGAUGGUUCUCAUAAAGGAUGAGACGGGAAAAGUCAGAUCUCACUACUUCAAGUAUCAGGUGAUAACUGAUAAGACAACAAAGGAACAAAGCAACCUUGGAUUGACGACAUGGACGCGCUUAAUUUCAUGUUAA